AUCUAGUAAAACUAACCAAAAAAAAAAAAAAAGUACUAGUUGAAGAUUCCGGGCGGGAGCUAAGAAAAAGCUCGAGGAACCAAACUUUGCAACCCCACUGGCCACUUCAACUCCAACCCCAGUUUCGGAAUACUACACAUUCAAAUGGAGAUUCAAGGAAACACAUAAGACACCGCUUUUACCAACUCUGCCUAUGUGCCCUGUCUAUAUGUACCCAUCAUUUGCAUGUACCCAUUUUUCAAGCAAACACAGUCUCUUCACUCCUCACUUUCUUACUGUUCUACUCUCCUACACCACUCUUUAUCUCAUAAAUCCUCUAACUUUCUCAAAACUGUCCAUGCUCACUUCCUCAAAUUGGGUCUUAAUACCUAUACAUAUUUGGGUAACCGCUGUAUCGAUCUUUAUACCGAAUUUGGCCAUAUUGAUGAUGCCUUGAAGGUGUUUGAGGAUAUUUCUUAUAAGAACUCCACUUCCUGGAACAUUUGCUUAAAAGGGUUGUUCAAAAGUGGUCAACUUGGCAAGGCCUGCCACAUGUUUGAUGAAAUGCCUGUUAGAGAUGUUGUUAGUUGGAACACUAUGAUUUCGGGUUGUGCUUCUUGUGGGUUUUCUAGUCAUGCCUUGGAGCUUUUUGUUGAGAUGCAAGAUAUUGGUGUGAGACCGAGUGUGUUCACUUUCUCAAUUUUGACAUCGGUCGUGUCAAGUCCUUGUCAUGCUAAGGAGGUUCACGGUAGGAUGAUUAGGAGUUGGAUGGAUUUGUCGAAUAUGGUGAUUGGAAAUUCGUUGAUUACUAUGUAUGGGAAGUUUGGUCUUGUUGAUUAUUCUUUUGCUGUGGUUUUGAGUAUGAAGCAGCUUGAUGUUAUAUCUUGGAACUCUUUGAUAUGGGCAUGUCAUAGAGCUGGUUGCCAGGAGCUUGCUGUAGAGCAAUUCUGUUGCAUGAGAGCUGCUGAGAUGUUACCUGAUCAGUUUACGUGUUCGACGUUGAUGAGUGUCUGUUCCAGCUUGCGAGAUUUGGAAAAGGGUAAGCAAGUUUUUGCCUUUUGUUUCAAGGUGGGAUUUGUUUAUAAUAGCAUUGUGUCUGGUGCUGCUAUUGACCUCUUUUCCAAAUGCAACAGAUUGGAGGAUGCUGUGCGGUGCUUUAAAGAACAAGAACAAUGGGAUUCGGCUCUAUGCAAUUCCAUGAUUUCUUGUUAUGCUAGACAUGGUUUUGGGGAAGAUGCUCUUCAGCUCUUUGUGCUGACCUUGAGGAAGAAUAUCAGACCAACGGAAUAUACAGUUAGCUUUCUUCUGAGUUCUGUUUAUAUUUUCUUGUCAGUAGAACUGGGUAAUCAAAUCCAUGCUUUGGUUCAUAAGUUGGGUUUCGAGUCAGAUGCAGUUGUUGCCAAUUCACUUGUUGAUAUGUAUGCUAAAUUUGGAUUUAUUGAUGAUGCCUUGAAUAUCUUCAACAAAAUAAAAGCAAAAGAUUUGGUAGCAUGGAACACUAUAAUGAUGGGACUGUCUUACAAUGGCAGAGUGUCUGUGACCAUGGGCCUUUUCAAUGAAUUGAUAAGAGAAGGAAUACCACCUGAUCGAAUAACAUUUGCGGCAGUUCUACUAGCAUGCAACUAUGGGAGUUUGGUUGAUGAAGGAAUUAAGAUAUUUUCUCUAAUGGAGAUGGAAUUCGGAGUAAAACCAGAGGAAGAGCAUUAUUCAUAUGUUGUAGAGAUGUUAUGUAGAGCUGGUAAAGUCAAAGAAGCCAUUGAUAUUGUGGAAAAAAUGUCGUGUCAAGCUACCCCUGACAUUUGGAGGUCAAUUAUUUCUGCGUAUGCAAGAUAUGGAGACUUGCAAGCUACUGAAAUAGUUGCAACAAAGAUAAUGGAGAGGUCACCACAAACAUCCUUACCGUACUUGGUGUUGGCUCAGGUAUAUCAGAUGCGUGGCCGCUGGGAGAGCACGGUUCGAGUGAGGAAGGCUAUGGAAAAUAGAGGUAGUAGAGAGCUCAUUGGAUACAGUUGGGUGGGAAUAAAAAACCAUGUAUAUACUUUUGGAUCAAACCAAUUACAACACUAUGGUGGCAAAGAUAUUUAUAUGCUACUGAAUUUACUGGCAUGGGAGAUGGAGACUAAUUGUAAUGUCUAGAAAUUGUAUGAAGUUGGAGGGGAAUAUGGAUAUUUGAAUUGAAGUGGGUUACAAUUUAUAAACUUUGAUUCUGAAUUCUGGGAAUCAUAUAAUCGGAGUUACGGGCUUGGAUUAUUAAUGCUGGAAACAGGAUGAAAUUUAUAAUGAAGCAGAUACAAAGUAAAGAUAACAUAAUUUUUCAUAAGCAAACAUUAGUACAUAACUUGUUAGGGAAAUGAGGAAAUGUUAGUAGCCUAUAUCAUCAUACUCUGAACCUCCUUCAUAAUGGUUUUUCGAAGCCCCAAGUUGAACAAUUGGACUAAUCAUUCGGGGGCAUCAACUUUCUUAUAUUAGUACUGCAAGGAAGUUUUUGUAUAGUUGUUGAGGUAUUUAUAUUUAUUGUAAUAUGAUUUGUUAGUAUAUUAUAGAAUUAUGAUAGGAUCACAUUCCUAUUUAGAUUAUAUCUCUCAUGUACAUAAAUAGUGGUUUCUACUUUCUCAAUAUGAUGAGAAAUAUUCACAUUCAAGUUGGUAUAAGAGCAUGGUUCCGAAAUCCUAGUUUGGGUUCUGCCUCCAUGAAGGCUAUGGCCUAGAUUUGUUUUCUCAGUUUGGUUGCUGGAUGUCCAAGGGGCACCAUCAGCUGACCCAUAGCAGUCACAAGCCUGACUGAAAUCCUAGUUGUAUCUUUGAUCUCUUGAUAGUAUCCUCUGGUUUCAAAUGUUGCUUGCAAUUUGUGUUACUUCUGUUCAUUGUGUUGGUCUGUUCAAGUUAUCCAUUUUUUUGUAAUCGACACAUUUGCUUUCUCUUAAUUGUUGUCAGCAUGAUUAUUGUAAUUUGAUUUUAUCUUGAGAGGUUGCGAAGGUUCUGACAAGCGAUUAUUUUCUUUCUAUAGUAUCAUGAUAACAUUUAGUUGUGUUUUUAAGACUGCAUACAAAAUCACAAGAUUUACAAUAGAAGCACUUC